UUUAGUUUUCGCUCGAAAAGAACGUCAAUGAAUGGCGAGUCGCUUAACAUAUUUAAUUUUUUUUUUAAUACACCACAACAAGUUGCUGCAGAGGAAAUUCUAGGAAAAGCCAGUGUCAUAUCACCGUCAAAUUAGAAACUACGCAGAGCAGCUAUUGACGAAUUAUCUAUUAGAAUUGAUCGAUUAGAGAACUACCGCUACCUGAAAAAAAUGGCACCAAAGUCUAAAAUGUUGAAGCUUCUAAUACUUGUCAUCUUUGUCUGGCUCUUUGUUAUUCUGUUAAUGAAUGUAUUCAGUAGUGGCGAGAGUUAUUACUACAGUAAGCUCCUUGGAUCCCUUGAUGACCAUCAGUCAUUAUUAAAUUUGGAACAACAACAGCGAGCGCAUGGCGAUGGUGGCAUUUCUUUGGACAAAGACCCAUAUGGCGACUACAGCUAUAAAGAGCCAAAGGAGGAGGAAAUUGCUGCACAAUUGGAGCUCGAUCUACCCAAUGUACCAUUCGUUUAUGCAGACCGGCAUAAAAAUCGGACAAUGCGCAAAUCCCGCAACUGUGCCAUAUUUCCUUAUCUGCAGACACUGAAGUACUACAACAAUUUCUGGCAGACGUAUACGAAUAUGAACGUUACAUUCCACCUAUACGCAGCCUACUACGAUGACCGACCAGGUGUGGAGGAAACACCUGCCAUUCGCAUACUGGCUAUGAUCAAUCAACUGCAUGCGCCCUUCCCCACAUCUUAUUGUCACAUUUGGUAUGAGAAUCAAGAAAUUCCCCAUAUCGUUCCCAUUUCCGAGUACAGUCCCAUUUGGUAUUGGGGAGGAGAAUAUAUGUUUUUCACCCACCUUUUGACUUGCUUUCCGCCCAAGGUGACAGUGCCUGGUCGUAAAGUUCCCGUGCCACGGGCUGUGGGUAUAGUAAAUCACCAGUGUGAUACUCCCACGAAUAUGCUGAAAGUUAUUUAUGGAAAACCUGCUUCCAACAGUACUGAGAAAAUUCCCUUUGCAGUGUGCGUCAAGGGCUUGGAUUUCCCCUAUGCCGAUAUAUCCAAUCGUUUGGCGGAGUGGUUGGAGAUGCAACGCUUGCUGGGAGCCCACAAAGUCUACAUGUACAACAUUGCCAUACAUCCGAAUGUGAAGAAACUCUUGGACUACUAUGAAGCCGAGGGCUUUGUUGAAGUACGACCCAUCACUUUGGUGGAGGGGGUUGUGGGGCUGCCCCACAUGCAGCACUGGAUAUUAGGCUUGACCUUGUUCAAUAAACGUCUAAACGAGCUGAUUCCCUACAAUGACUGCUUCUAUCGGCACAUGUACGAGUACGAGUAUAUAGCCAUCAUUGAUGUGGAUGAAAUCAUAAUGCCUCUGGGAGAGUUACAGACGUGGCAGGACAUUGUUAAUGUCUCCGUUGCAGCGGAGGAGGAGCGUAACUGUGUCCAGGGUUUCGCUGCAUUGUGCUUUCGCAACACCUAUUUUCCCUACAGAACGGAUAAUUUCACCUUGUCCCCAGAAACAGGCGACAAUCAUGAUCAUCAUGAAGUGAGUCCCAUUCCGGCCCACAUGUUCUUUCUCGGCCACAAGUACCGCACCAGCAACUAUUCACGCGUCGGCUUUGCCACAAAGUGUUUGCAUCGGACCUCCAAAGUGAAAAGUGUGCACAACCACUAUCCGGUGCAUUGGUCAAAUUCUUGUGGACCAACCAACAUUCCGCAAACCUUGGCUCAUUUGCAGCACUACCAGGACUUUCAGCCCACCAAUGAGUUUCAAAUUCUCCAGACUGAUUACAGUUUAGAGCGGUACAGAGCAUCAUUGGUCGAUAGAACCACCGAAGUAUUGCGACAGCUGGGCAUAUUAAAAUAAGACCGGCCUUAUUUUAUAAGAGUGCCACUUUGGCUUAUAAAAAUUAAGAAUUCUGACAUGUGCAUGUUGUGUAUGACCCAACGCUUGGUAAAGAACUCUAGCGUUUACAUUUUCAAUUUGUGAAAAUAACAUGAAUUUAGGUUUCGUUGACAGAAAAUGCCACAAAAAACCUCCCAAUAAGCUCCGUUUUAAGUGUUCUUUAACAAAUGAUGUUAGCUUAAAAUAUUUUUUUACACGAUAGUAUUAAGUAAUAUGUCCUAAUAAACUAAUGUAAGCCCGUAAAGCACCCCGCACACCCCGUU